GACCGGCUUUUAGGGUUUAUCACAGGGAAAAACGAAAAGGCCUUGCACCAGUUUGAAGAAGAGAGAGAGAGAGAGCUCAUAACGCCAUUAAUCUCCUCCAAAUUCGAUCCUCUACUUAUGUUUUGCAUGCGGAGUUCAGGUCUCUCCAACAUUCGAAAUCAACUUCUUCAAUCCUUAUCAUCGAUUAAUGGAGGAGUAGGAGCUCGAUUCAUCAGUGUGAAAGCGGGAAUGGAAAUUCCAGACGGAAAGCGGCUCGAGUUUGCGCUUCCGUACAUCCAUGGGAUCGGCCGAGCCAGAGCUCGCCAGAUUCUGUCCGAAUUGAACAUGGAUAACAACAAACUUGCCAAGGACUUAACCAAAAGAGAAAUAUUUCUUCUUGGUGAAGAACUCUCCAGUUACGUUGUUGGAAAAGAAUUGAAGAUUUGUGUUGAGAGAGACAUGAAGAGAAUGAUGGACAUUCAGUGCUAUAAAGGGAUUAGGCAUAGGGAUGGAUUGCCCAGCAGAGGACAACGAACAAGGACGAAUGCUCGAACCAAGAAGAGUCAUUCGCCUAUUCCUCUUGCAUUGAGGAAGAAGUAAUUUCUGCCCUCAUUUUCUCUACCAAUUUGGUCAGUGUCUUAUUUCGAUUUUAGCCUUUUCGAACCAUUAUUUUGUUGAAUACAAACAUACAAUUUAACAGGUUAAACAUAUUUCUUUAACAAGUCAUAUACUUCUUUUUGCGAAUAAAUUUUUCUUCUUUUCCAUUUUCAGUGAUAUUAGAAAAUCGCUCUUUCAAGUUAAAUAGUAAUUUAUGCGUUGAAUUUUCUUCUUUGAUGUAUUUGUUGUAGCUGUUUAGACAACUACAACUCUUACACUAUGAUACAAUACCUUGUUAUCAGUCAAAUUCAACUUUCUGUUUUCUUA